GGCUGGACCUUCCCGCCUCCUGCCUCAGGGUCGGUCCGAGCGGAGGAGGGUCACCGCCUCCUCCUGCGCGGAGAAGGGGGGCGGAGCCCGACUCAGCAAGCUUGGGAAGACAGACAGACCUGGCCCCCUGACGCAGACUUGGUGACCUGCCAGGACAAUGGAUUUUCCUGGUCACUUUGAGCAGAUUUUUCAGCAGUUGAACUACCAGAGACUUCAUGGCCAGCUCUGUGACUGUGUCAUUGUAGUGGGGAACAGGCAUUUCAAAGCCCACCGCUCCGUGCUGGCAGCAUGCAGCACGCAUUUCCGAGCUCUGUUCUCUGUGGCAGAGGGAGAUCAAACCAUGAACAUGAUCCAGCUCGAUAGUGAGGUGGUGACAGCAGAGGCCUUUGCUGCGCUGAUUGACAUGAUGUACACCUCCACCCUCAUGCUAGGGGAGAGCAACGUUAUGGAUGUCUUAUUGGCAGCCUCUCACCUGCAUCUGAACUCAGUUGUUAAGGCAUGUAAACAUUACCUGACAACAAGGACGCUGCCCAUGUCUCCCCCCAGCGAGCGUGUUCAGGAGCAGAGUGCUCGCAUGCAGCGCUCUUUCAUGCUGCAGCAGCUGGGACUGAGCAUUGUGAGCUCAGCCCUCAGCUCCAGCCAGAGUGGCGAGGAGCCUCCAGCCCCCAUGAGCUCAUCCAUGCGCAGCAACCUGGACCAGCGGACACCCUUCCCCAUGAGACGCCUUCACAAGCGCAAGCAGUCUGUAGAGGAGCGGGCCCGGCAGCGCCUGCGCUCCUCCAUGGAUGAGUCUGCCAUUUCAGAUGUUACUCCAGAGAGCGGGCCUUCGGGCGUUCAUUCCCGGGAGGAGUUCUUUUCGCCAGACUCUCUGAAAAUUGUGGACAAUCCUAAACCUGAUGGGAUGGCGGACAACCAGGAAGACAGUGCUAUGCUGUUUGAUCGGCCUUUUGGUGCCCAAGAAGAUGCCCAGGUGCCCAGCCAGUCAGAUGGCAGUGGUGGCAACAUGGCCUCUCGUGCAACUCAGGUUGAAACUAGUUUUGAACAAGAAUCUGUAGCCGAGAAAGGCAGUUUCCAGUGUGAAAACCCCGAGGUCGGCCUCGGGGAGAAGGAGCACAUGAGAGUGGUGGUCAAGUCCGAGCCCCUGAGCUCUCCCGAGCCGCAGGACGAAGUGAGCGACGUGACCUCCCAGGCAGAGGGCAGCGAGUCUGUGGAAGUGGAAGGUGUGGUGGUCAGUGCCGAGAAGAUAGACCUCAGCCCUGAAAGCAGUGACCGGAGCUUUUCGGAUCCCCAGUCCAGUACGGACAGGGUUGGGGACAUCCACAUCUUAGAAGUCACAAAUAAUCUAGAACAUAAGACCUCUUUCAGCAUUUCAAAUUUUCUCAACAAAAGCAGGGGGAGUAACUUUAGCUCAGGUCAGAGCACUGAUGACAACAUCCCAAAUACCACCAGUGACUGCCGGCUGGAGGGGGAGGCCCCUUACUUGUUGAGUCCAGAGGCCGGGCCUGCAGGUGGGCCUUCCUCGGCCCCGGGUUCCCAUGUGGAGAACCCAUUCAGUGAGCCCGCAGACUCCCAUUUUGUCAGGCCUAUGCAGGAGGUGAUGGGCCUGCCAUGUGUGCAGACCUCAGGCUACCAAGGAGAACAAUUUGGGAUGGACUUUUCCAGGUCUGGCUUGGGGCUCCACACUUCCUUCUCCAGGGGAAUGAUGGGUUCCUCAAGAGGAGGAGGCAGUAACUUUCCAUACUACCGACGCAUAGCUCCCAAAAUGCCGGUCGUAACUUCUGUCCGGAGCUCACAGAUCCCUGAAAACCCCGCCAGUUCCCAGCUGAUGAUAAACGGGGCCACUUCAUUUGAAAACGGCCACCCUUCCCAGCCUGGCCCUCCGCAGCUGACCAGGGCCUCUGCGGACGUCUUGUCGAAGUGCAAGAAGGCUUUAUCAGAGCACAAUGUCUUGGUGGUGGAGGGGGCUCGCAAGUACGCCUGCAAAAUCUGCUGUAAAACUUUUCUGACUUUGACAGACUGCAAGAAGCACAUCCGAGUUCACACGGGUGAAAAGCCGUACGCCUGCCUCAAGUGUGGCAAGCGGUUCAGUCAGUCCAGCCACCUGUACAAACACUCGAAGACCACCUGCCUGCGCUGGCAGAGCAGCAACCUCCCCAGCACGCUGCUCUAACCAUCUCUGCUCAUGAGGCUACACGGGCCAGGUCUGGACCGAAAUUAAAGUCGCUGUUGGCAGGCCGCUAAUGCCACUGGAUGAGAGGCCUCAGCUGGCCGGUGGCUCUUUGAAUUUCAGCCAGUAGGAAGCAGAGACCUGUUCGGUGUCACGCUUACACGGCAGCACUUCUGAGGGAGGUGUGCACCAGGGAGAGCGACUGGAACCAAGUCCUUGCUUAGGGUUAAGGAGUGCAGUUUGUUACUGAUGGUUUGUCACUGAUGUUAAGAGUGUCACGUUUAGAAAUGGAAGCGGUUGAAAAACAUUUUAACACUAUUUUAAAGCCCUGUGAAGCAUUUAAUUAAACUUCCUACACCCUCUGAUGGGAAUAUCCCAUCCCUGUACAGCAGUGCAAAACAUACUUACGUGUAACCAGGUAACUCGGUGCUGUCUGAAAAGAAAGGGACCCUGGAGAACAAGGUUGUCUGCCACAAAUGCUUUAAAGUGGAUCCUGAGCUAGUCCUAGGCCUCAGAAAGGACUGGAUUUUUUUUAUCUGAGUUGCAGUGCCGACACUGCCCUCUGAUGGUGCUGCCUGGUCCAGGGAACACACCCUUGGACUAACAGGUGUAUAUACUUUUGAAUCAUCUCUGUGGAAUAGGUGUUUUUAUUUUAUUUUUUCCGAUUUUCAAAACAAAAUUGUAAGUGGAGUGUGUACUUGUAGGGGUGAUGGUGGGUUUUGUGUGUGCUGUGUUAGCAGUGUUCUCAACGACGUACUUCUGAUGCCGUAGUUCUGUUUGAAGUCAGCAAGAAGCUAGUGUCUCUUGUCCUUCUGGUAAUAUGGAGUCCUGUUUUGUGGGGUUCAUGGUACAUAUGCCUUUCACUCCAUCCAGUCUGGCUGGCCCCGCCACCUGAGAUCAGCUACUCUGCUUUGUUAGUUCUCACUCCCAAGCCCCACAGAACCUCUCUCUGGGCAGGACCAGCUGAACUAACCACAGCAACCACGGUUCUAUGACCUCGGCUGUCAUGGGGUCGCGCCUUUAACGGUCAGCGUCUAGUUAUUAGAACCCUAAUCAUGGUAGUGUUCACGGCUUAGUCUUUCCCAGGCUUUGGAAGAGUUAGGCAGCCACAGCAUAGAACUCACCAGAAACAUCCAAGGCUCUUAGGCAUUCGGUUCUUUGUCUGGGAUCUCUGUGUCCUCCCUCUGCCUUGCCGGCAGGGCUGCUGCUCCCGGUGUGCACCUUGGGAACAGCACAGGGCCACACAUAUCUGUAGCUCGUUCAGUUCAUUCGUGGACAAGAAUUCUUAUUCUUUGAUACAUCUUUCUUCAGAGACACCAAACCAUUGUGCAUAAUUCAGAGAGAUUCAGUUCUUAAGAGCAGAAAGCUCCACAUUUCUGUAUUUUCUAAGCAACGAGUGUGCGCCUCCUCUUUAAGCUAGUGUGACCAUGAGUCUGUGGGUAGACCUGUAAUGUUGAGAGGUCAUACCAUCUGAACUGAGUCCCAGGGAGGAAAGCCCCUGUAGAAACCUGGGCCCUCCUUCUAAGCAGGUGUGUGGGAAAGAGACCAUUGGAGGCAAUGGCGUCCCUUGAGAGACUGCUGUGGAGGUGGGUCUCUAUAGCCACCAUCAUAAUGUAGGGACCAGUGGAAGUCGUGGGUCAGCAUGGAGAACCAGAGAUGCCCUGCUGGGCGAGGAGCCAGUGUCACAGGCAGAGAGUGGCAGUCAUCCCUCCUAUCUUAAGGAUGUGGUGCUUGGAGCCUACCCCUCACCUCAGCUUGGAUAUAAAUGGACUUUGCUUUGGGGCCCGCCUCUCCACUGCUGGAUGGACCUGGAAUCUCAUCUACCUCGUAGUCAGUCUCUACGUGUGAGAAGCAAGCUUGCAGGCCAGUGUCCUCCAACACGCUGUAGCAUUUAAAGACUUCCAAAGGGCCCUGGGAAGCUAGACCCAGGGUUGCUGUGACCUGGAGUUCUGCUGGGAUUCUAACCGGUACUGGGGACCUGACUUUUGAUUUUUUUAGCCUUAAUUAUAGCCCGGCAUAAUCAUGUACAAUCUUCUGGAGAUGGCAUCAAGUGUAGAGCACCCUGUUGGUGCUAAUGCUGGUCAAAGCAGAUUUUGAAAUAAAGUAUUUGCCAUAUU